AUGAACAUUCUGGAAAAAGUCAAGGACAGCGUGAACAGCGCCUACGAGAGUGUGACAGGCACCGCCGUUGCAGCCAAGGAUGGAGCUGUUGAUGCAGUCAGCAACGCCUACGACACUGUCACUGACAAAGCCGUCGGAGCCAAAGAUACUGUCGUAGGAACUGUCAGCAAUGCCUAUGACACCGUCACAGACACCGCCGUCGGAGCCAAGGAUAAUGUCGUCGGAGCGGUGAACACAGCCGGUGAAAAGAUAGGCGGAGCCUAUGAAGGCACCAAGCAAUACGUCUCUGACACCGUCGUAGCUGCUGGAGACUAUGCCGCUGAUGCCGGCAAGAAGGUCGGAGAGAUCGAGGACCAUGUCAUGGAGAGCACCAAGAACGCAUUCCAUUCCGCAGAGCAGACUGCAUCAGAUGCUGGAACCAAAGUUACGGAUACACUCACUUCCCUCAAAGACUCCAUCACAGGAAGCAAUGCUCAAAAGACCGGAGAGACACUCAAUGAGGAGGCCAAGGAGAAUGUAGAGGCGGCCAAGGAGCACGCCUCAGAUGCUGCUCAAGAAGUUAAACAAGAAGCCCAUGAAGGUGUGAAGGACACUGCAAGCGCCAUCAACAAAGCCUUCGAUUCUCUCGGAGACUCAAUGGCAGAUGACAGUGCUCAUAAGACAGGAGCUGCUCUCAGUGAGGAUGCCAAGGAAAAUGUGGAGGCAGCAAAAGAACACGCGUCAGAUGCCGCUGGAACUGCUAAGGAAGGAGUUAAGGACACUGCAAGUGCUAUCAAUAACGCCUUCAGUGCUCUAGGAGAUUCAGUUUCUGAAGAGAAUGCUCACAAGGCGGGAGAAGCAGCUGGUGAAACAUACAACGAGGCCAAGGAUAAGGCUCAAGGAUAUGUUGAAUCUGCGAAAGAAACCGCUGGAAAUGCAGCUGACGCCGUGAAAGAGCAAGUUUCGAGUGCAGGAAGUGCUAUCUCCAAUGUGAUCAGCUCAAUUACUGAAUCUAUCACUGGAGAUAACUCUCACAAGACUGGAGAGGUAUUCAAUGAUGCCAAGAAGGAGGCUUCGGAAUUCGCUGACUCUGUGAAAUCCCACGCUCAGAAUGCAGCUGAAACCGCCCAGGAGCACGCUGCAAACACCGGAAAUGUGAUCACCAAUGCGUUCAAUGCCUUGAAGGAGUCCAUCACGGGAGACAACACUCACAAGACAGGAGAAGCUCUUCAGGAUGAGAGCGAGGCUCUUCAUAAUGACGUCGAAGAGAAGUAUCAAACUGUGAAGGUAUCCGCAUUGGAAACUGCUGAUGCUGCUAAAGAGAAAGUGGAGGAUGCCGCGGAGAAGGUUGAGGACCAAGCUCCAACCUAUGCUGAAGUUGUGAAGGAGAACAUUGAGGAGACUGCUGACUCUGCAAAGGAACAAGCCGCCGAAACUGGGAGCAAGAUCUCGGAUGCUUUGAGUUCCGUAGCUGAAUCAAUCUCUGAUGACACCAGCCACAAAACCGGGGGAGCCUUGAGUGAUGCUGCUGACAAAGUAGAAGAUAAGGUUGACUCUGCCAAAGAAGUCGCUCAAGAAUAUGCUGACUCCGCCAAGGAAAAAGCUUCUGAGGCCACUAACACUGUCGAGGAGCAAUUCGUGUUCGGCAAGGAAGCCGCUAAGGAAUCCGCUGAAGACGCCAAGGAAAAAGCUGGAGACGCAGUGGAAUCUGUCAAAGAAACUGCGUCAGAAGCUGGAUCCAAGAUCUCUGAUGCCUUCCACUCAAUCACUGAUUCCAUGGCAAGUGACUCCGCCCACAAAACUGGAGAAGCUUUUAAUGAUGAUACGAGUAACGUCGGAGACAACCUCCAGAAGAAUGUGGAUGCCGUGAAGGAGACAGCCGGAAAUGUAGCUGAAGGAGUGAAGGAUAAGGCCGAGGAAGUUUCUGAGGACGUCAAGGAGAGCGCUUCGGAGGCAGGGAGCAAGGUUUCCAACGUCUUCAGCAACAUCACUGAUUCAAUUGCCGACGACGGAGCUCACAAGACUGGAGGAGCGUUGAGUGAGGACGCACCAACUUAUGCUGAAGCCGUCAAGGAGAACCUUGAAGAGACCGCAGAUUCUGCAAAGGAGAACUUGGAGUCAGCUAAGGACACCGUUCAGGAGAAGGCCGAAGACGUCAAGGAUUCUGCUAAGGAAGCUGCUUCUGAAGCAGAAGGAAAGGCUUCAAAUGCACUGAGCUCAGUUGCUGACUCAAUCAAUGACGAUAAUGCUCACAAGACUGGAGAAGCAUUGAAUCAAGACACUCUCAAGGAGAAAGCUGAAGAUUUUGUCGACGUGGCAAAGGAGAUGGCUCAUGAUGCAGCUGAUGCGGCCGUAGAGAAGAAGGACGAGGUCAAGGAGCAGGCUGAGGAGAUCGUUGACUCCAUCAAUACAAGUGCUUAA